UUUCCGUAAUACUGUGGCUGUUUCAUAACUAAUUACGGCUUAAUUGAACGAAAAAGGUAAGUGCCAAAGUUGAUUAUAAUAGGUUUAUCCAGCUAAUUAAUAAUUUAGCGUACUCAUACCAGCCUACUUUACUGGUAGCUAGAGUGCUAACCGUUGGCUAGCCUGUUGUCGCAAUCACACUGUUGUGUUUGGGAAUUCGACUGUAAUGACGUUAACGGUUAGCUAACAACUAAUAAACAUUUAAUGCAAUUUUACCCCCAGAUGUUUCAUUUGGUGUUGUCCCUGCUGUUGGGAGCGUUGGGGACUCUUGGGGCACCUGAAGCAGAUCAAAUAAAGUUCCUCCCUGGGCUUCAAAAGCAGCCUAACUUCAAACAGUACUCAGGAUACUUCAAUGUGGCUGACAACAAACACCUUCACUACUGGUGAGUGGGUAACGUUAGCUGGGUGAUUCCUGCAAUGCUGUGCCUUUUCUAUCCCCAGGAAAUAUCACUUCUUACUGUAAAACGUGGAUUCCAAAAGGCUUUAAAUAUAAGAUCAGGUGUCCUUUACCUUAAAAAUACACAAAUAUGGAUUUUGAAAGGAUAUUUUAUGCGUUUUUUAACACUUUUUUCAGUCGAUGCCAUGGCCCCGGGUUUUAUUCAUCAACUUCCACGAGAAAUAUAAGCCAUUAUAAUAACAUAUUUUAAAUCUUUCUUCAUUAUUUUAUAGUCCUAUUUAUAUUCUCUCUCGGGGCGGCAGGUAGCGUAGUGGGUAAGAGCGUUGUGCCAGUAACCGAAAGGUCGUUGGUUCUAAUCCCUGAGCCGACUAGGUGAAACAUCUGUCGAUGUGCCCUUAAGCAAGGCACUUAACCCUAAUUGCUCAUGUAAGUCGCUCUGGGUAAGAGCGUCUGCUAAAUGACUAAACAUGUAAAUGUAAAAAAAAUGUAAUAACACUUUAUUCAUGAUUCUUGUAUUUAUUGUUAUUUUAUUUAGGAUUUUUGGUGUGUCCCUUAAAAUACUUCGUUUGUUGUAAUUCUCCAUUUGUAUGAAAGGGUUGUUUUCUUUAAUGACAUUCAGGAAGCCUCAUCAUUUCUUUGGUGGGAAAAACAAAUAUAAACACUCAGUUGUAUCUAUUUUUCCAUGUUUCAUGUUGUUAGUAUGUAUGUCCCACUCAUAAAUGUCCUCCCUGUUAGGCAAAAUUACAGUAUAAAUUAAAAAAUAUAUAUAUGUUAAAAUAUCCUGUUCAAGUGUUCGCCAUUAUGCUAGCUCAGUCUUGCUCACUCACAGAGCUAUGGCUAAUUUAGGCUCCAAAAAAUACACCAGGAAAUUUGCACACAUUAUGUCAAAAUAAGUUAGAUCCUCACCAAAACAUGGAGUUUCGCAGAGCAACUAUCAAUCAUCAUUACUGUCGUUAUGCACGGUAUGUACUUCCAAAAAAUGGCUGAAUAAAAUCAAUGAUCAUUUGGGAUACUAUACUGCUGCUGGAUCAGCCGACCUGUGAGUGGCAAUAAUGAUGAGUGAUUUUUAUUGGAGGUGGCGAAGGUUGAUUUGGCUCAAGCGUACUUGGUCAAAAACAAGUUAUAUGACAUUAUAACAAUUGCAGAGCUAGUUAAUGGUACUUUGAAUUGAAAGAUCCUGGGCGUCAGAGGAGAUCUCGUCUCCUCAAGCCCAGGUACUGGUUCAGUGCGUUGUCUACUAACUACAUAUUUUUGUCAAACCUAAAGGGAGCAAUGUAGGGCACACGACUUUAGCCAUGACUUUAGCUUUGAGCAAGUGUCUUGGUUUGCAAGAGGAACUAUUCAAACAACAUGCCAAGUGCACUGCUUAAUUUGGCAACCAGCCAGCUUAUCGCUUGAGUAGGCUGUUUAUUUAAUAAAGUAAAUAAGUAAACUCAUCUUCAAGUUAUGCCAACAGAAUUCACUUGGGUACUACUAUGUCAUACAUGCUCCACUCAAGUGAACCUUUUAUGCAGGUUUGUGGAGUCUCAGAAGGAUCCAGCUGGCAGCCCAGUGGUUCUUUGGCUGAAUGGUGGACCUGGCUGCAGCUCCCUUGAUGGUCUGCUCACAGAACAUGGGCCUUUCUUGGUGAGGAGAACCCAAGAUACAUUCAAUGGCCAGUUUUAUUAGGCACACCCAUCUAGUACCGGGUCGGAACCCCCUUUGCCUCCAGAACAGCCUGAAUUCUUCGGAGCAUGGAAACUUUGCUCAGUUGGUAUCAAGGGACCAAAUGUGUGCCAGAAAAACAUUACACCACCACCACCAGCCUUUACCGUCGACACCAGGCAGGAUGGGGCCAUGGACUCAUGCUGCUUUCGCCAAAUCCUGACUCUGCCAUCAGCAUGACGCAACAGCAACCGGGAUUCAUCGGACCAGGCAACGUUUUUCCACUCCUCUAUUGCCCAGUGUUGGUGAUCGCUUGCCCACUGCUUCUUCUGGUUUUUAGCUGAUAGGAGUGGAACCCUGUGUGGUCAUCUGCUGCAAUAGCCCAUCCGUGACAAGGACCGACGAGUUGUGCGUUCCGAGAUGCCGUUCUGCACACCACUGUUGUACUGCGCCAUUAUUUGUCUGUUUGUCGGCUGCCUGUUAGCUUGCACAAUUCUUGCCAUUCUCCUUCGACCUCUCAUCAACGAGCUGUUUUCGCCCACAGGACUGCCGCUGACUGGAUGUUUUUUGUUUGUCAAAAACAUUCUCGGUAAACCGUAGACACUGUCGUGCGUGAAAAUCCCAGGAGGCCGGAAGUUUGAGAUACUGGAAUCGGUGCGCCUGGCUCCGACGAUCAUACCACGCUCAAAGUCUCUUGCGUCACUCGUUUUGCCCAUUCUAACGUUCAGUCGAACAGUAACUGAAUGUCUCGUCUGUCUGCCUGCUUUAUAUAGCAAAUCACGGCCAGAGUGGUUUGGAGCGAACCAUUUUCGUGAACGGGGUGGUGUACCUAAUCAACUGGCCACUGAGUGUAUGUAUAAAUGAUCUAGGUACCACUUUCAGUUUAGAUGACUAACUUCUUAGAAUGUUGCUAGUUAAAAUUUCCUGCUGUUAAUGUUCAAGAGGCCAAUCUUACAACUGAAAUUCACACGGUCUGCCAUUUUAAAAUGCUUUGGAUCAGUUUUGUUUUGAAGAACCACUGGCUUGGCAUAGUCUUUGAACGCGGUCUACUGUUUUCAUUUCAGAUUCAAGACGAUGGCAUGUCGCUGGAGUACAACCCCUAUUCCUGGAACAUGGUUUGUUUCUUUCCUCUAGCAUAUCUUCUCUAGCCUGGUCCCAGAUCUGUUUGUGCUUUUGCCAACGCCAUUGCUGUCAUUGUCAUGCCAAUGAUAAACAGACUGGCAAUCAGGCUAUAUCUUAUCUCAGUCUCAAAACGAUUCCAUUGGGUAUCAGUGUUCUAUUUAUACACAUUUGAAGAGUUACAUCAGCUGUGAUGUUUUUAGAUUGCCAACGUGCUGUACCUGGAGUCACCAGCAGGUGUGGGAUUUUCUUACUCUGAUGAUAAGAAGUACACCACCAAUGACACUGAGGUGAGUGUUGUUCAAAUGUGCACGUUUAGCUUGCCUUGGGUGGGAUAAAACGGGCUGAAAACAGGUGGAGAGGGAUGGGUUUGGCUUGGGGGAGAGCGAGAGAGAAGGAAGGAUUUAACUAUACUAUAAUGUAAUUUAUUUUUGUGACUUGCAAACCUGCUGUAAAAUGAAUAAGAGUUCUGAAUACAUUAGGAGAGGAUGUUGAGUCGUUAUUAUUCCUUGUUUGUCAUUAUAGCUAAGAUUCAAUGGUGGUUAUUGGUGAGAGUGGAGAGGGGCUCUAUCCGAGGGAUUGGGACUGGGUGGCUGGGAGGACAUCAGACACUUCCCUGAAGUGUGUACGUGGGGCCUCCACUCAUCUCCCUUCAGUCUCUCGGUGGACCCACUCUCCCCAAGUAGACCCCCACCAUUCACUAUUUCAUUUUAAUAUAAUUUACAAGGUAAUACAAAUUGACCACAGUACUUAAUUGGCAGUCUUCUCCAAUGUAUCUACAAUUACAUUAUCCACAGACUCUUGGUACAUUAGGAGAGGAGUUGGAGCGUAAAAGCACUAAAAAGGCAUAGCGCCUACUUUGCUUUAUGUUUUUGGUCUUUUCUGUUAAAUGUCUGCUCAGCCCACAUGCUCACACGCUCUAUACUGUAUAUGUAAUGUAUACAAUAACUAUGUAUUCAUACUAUGACUCUCCCAUUCCAUGGAAUUCCCACCGCCCUCAUAUGACAUGUCUGCUAAAAUGUUUUAUCUGGUUCUUCAAUGAUAGACGGAACUUUGAUUUUGUACAAGUAAAGACCAACAAAAUCCAACUUAUUACAUGGAAUGUGCACGGGCUCCAUGAUAAAAAAAAAUAGCAUAUGGUUCUUGAACACAUAAAGAGAUUGUCAGCAGAUGUAUUUUUCCUGCAAGAGUUACUUAAUUAUUUUUAAAAAAAAGAUUAAUUUUAUAUUUAAAGAGGAGCUGGGUUGGAGAGGCCUAUGCUGCCUUCUAUUGUAGUAACAACAGAAGUGUAGGCAUCCUAAAAAUAAGAAUACACAAUUUUCCCUUAUAUCCCAGCACAUGGACCAAGAGGGCUGUUUUCUAAUGUUGAAUUGUACCUUGCAUAGUGAAAAAUAUACAUUGAUUUCAUUGUAUAACCCACCAGGGGCAAAUCUGGUGUUUUUAGAUAGAAUUCAAGCUAUAUUAGAUCAAAUCCAGACAGGAAGUAUUAUUUUAGCUGGUGACCUAAAUCAGACAUUAGAUAAGAUUGACAGACAUAGCAAUAAAAAAAAAAGGCAAAUUCAAGAACCUCUAAAAAGGCAGGAACAUUUCAGCUCUACAAAUAAUUUACAGGACACCUGGAAAUUACUAUUCCCAACUACAAAAAACUACUCCUUUUCUUCUCAAAGUAAGAAAAGCUAUUCAAUAAUUGACUACAUUUUUAUGGCCAAAAAUGCUCUAAACAAUUUACUGAGUUAAAAAAAUCCAUGACAUAGGGAUAUCGGAUCAUUAUCCUGUAUCAUACUUAAUUACACCAACAGAAAAUACACUUAGCGACAGAAUAUGGAGAAUGAACAGAGCACAUCUUCAAUAACCGAAAUGUAUUAAAUAUGUAAAUGAACAAAUUAAAACCUUUACCAUUACAAAUGUAGACAUAGAGGACAGAAAAAAAUAAAAUAAUUAAAAACCGAGAUCACCCAAAAAUAAAUAGUAGACACUGUUAAAACAUUCACAUGGAGAAAAGCUCCAGGUAUGGGUGGCUUUCCCAUAUCAUUUUAUUUGACAUUUUGGGACAAAGUUGCUCUCCUGUUUACACAAAUAACAACAAACGUCACUCAAUUCAGUGCUUCCUAGUUCCAUGUAUCAAACCAGUUAUUUCAGUUAUAUUAAAACCAGGAAAAUCUGGAGUCCCCUGCUGAUUACAGACCCAUAAGUUUAAUAAAUUGUGACAAUAAAAUAAUAACAAAGCUCAUAAGGAAUGGCGAAAGUCUUACCAGACUUAAUACAUAUCAAUCAAACAAGGUUUAUUAAAAAUACACUUACAAACAAAAUACAAGAACAUGUUUCAGUUUUUUAUACAAAACGCAAAAAAACAAGAUAUAGAUUUAUCAAUAAAGGCUGUUGAUGCCGAAAAGGCGUUUGAAGGUCUUGAAUGGCCUUUUCUAUUCAAAACUUCAGAAGCGUUCAACUUUCCAGCUGAAUAAUAAAUUUCAUAAAAAUGUUAUAAAUGUCCUAAAGCAAAAAUAUACACAAGUAAUACAUUUAUCUAAUGAAAGGGGCACAAGACAGAUGUCGUCUCUCCCCCCUCCUGUUUGCACUGGCAAUUGAACCGCUUGCAGAAAGAAUUAGACAGGAGCCAAACAUAACAGGUAUCACUAUUGGUAAACAUUAAUAUAAACUAAACUUAUUUGCAGAUGAUCUCCUGAUAUACCUGACCAGUAUUACAAUCUCAGGAUAUAAAAUGAACAUGGAAAAACACAAAAUAAUGGCAAUAGGAAAAAGACUAACUAAUGAUCUACAACAAUCCUUUAAGUGGACCACAAAAAAUAUCAAACGCUUAGGACGUUUAAGUGACAACCAAAAAAUCUUUAUGUAUAUCUCAUUACUCAACAAUAUAAGCAGAUCUAAUUAAAUGGAACAAUCUUCCCAUAAAUCCUAAUGGUAGAAUAAACCUCUUCAGAAUGGCAUGGCUUCCAAAGUUUUUAUAUUUAUUCUUGGUAAUACCAAUUACCCUACCGAAGACAUUCUUUAAAGUAUACUCAGCCAUAAGAUACUUUUUAUAUGGGCAAAUAAUAUUCAGAAUAAAAAGGGAAGUUUGACAUCUUCCUAAGUCCGAGGGUGGUUUUAACCUUCCAGUCUUGGAAUUGUAUCAACUCGCCACCCAAGGCUUUUACUUGCAACAUAUUGUUAAAUGCACAAAAGCGGAACAAUGGGUACAUAUUGAAGAUGCGCAUGCUCAUCCUCAAUCUUUUCACGAGUCUAUUCUCAAUGGAUAAAGCUAAGAACAUUAACAACUUCAUAGUUAAGAAAACUAUAACAAUACGGAAGAAAAUGAAACGUAUACUACAAGAACCAAUAUCACUCCUAAAAACACAACCCUAUGGAACAAUCCUUGGAUAGGUUUUCAGAAUUUCACUGAUAAAUUGGCCUAUAUCAAAAACUAAAGGCAUAGAAAACUGUAAAAAAUUAUUCCAUUACAGAAUUAAAAAGCAAUUUUGGACUGAACAAUGUAGACAUUUUCAAAUGCAUGCAACUUAAAUGUUUUAUCACGAAAUUUCCACCAGAAAUCUUUUGGACAUCAGAGCAAUGUUGAGGGAAUUCUAUUUGACUCGGAAAAGGAUACACAUAUGACAGGUAAUACAGUAUAUACAAAACCUUGAAGAAAGCCUAUCCAACUGACAAUAUGUAAAAAAAACAAUAAUAAUACAGAAACUAUUGGAAUCAAGACUUAAAAAUAACUGAUAUAGGCACAAGAUGGGGUGUUGAAACAUAACUAACAAAAUUGCAGUUAACAAAAAUGUAAGCUUAAUACGGUAUAAACUCAUGUAUAGAAUAUAUUAUACAAGAGACAAAAUUCACAUUCUACAGCACAACGGCAGUCAUGUCUUAAGUGUAAAACCAACAAGGACUCAAUAAUUCAUGCCUUCUGGGAGUGCAAUAAAGUGCAAAAGUUAUGGGCGGCGUUAGGAAGUUGGCUGUCAGAAGUUUUGCAAUGUAAGUUUACUUUUAAUCCGUCAUUCAAGACAUGCCAUAUGAGGGUGCGGUGAAAUACCCAAUGGUGUGGACCAUGUCUCGUCAAUGAUGAAAAAAAAACUACUUAAAAUCAAAUGAUCCUCCAUCACUAAGACGGAAUCAAAUGUAUUAUGAUUUCAAUAUUGAAAGGUUGUGGGCUACGGAUAAAAAUAGAACAGUGCAAUUUGACGCCAUAUGGCAUGGAGUGCUACAAGCACUGGAAAGUUCCGGGGGAUGAAGGAUGAGGGGGAGUGUGGUUGUGAGAAAUUUCUUGAUGUGUGUGGUUGAGGUGGGAGCAUGUGGGUCUGAGCAGGUGUGAUGUCAUUGAUGUUUGUUGAAAUUUGUGUGCGUCUUAUUGUUUUUUUGGUAACACUUUACUUGACGCCCAGCGUCAUAACACGUUAUGACACAGUCAUAACAUGUCAUAAUGUCAUAUGUCAUAACAGCUGACAUACAGUGCAUUUGGAAAGUAUUCAGACCCCUUGACUUAUUCCACUUCUUUAUAGUCCGAACCUGUCAUAUGGUCAUAACACUGUCAUGACACACAUAUUUACACCUGUUGUGAUGUAUAUUGUGUUAUUUUUAUGGCUGGUUAUGACACUUACAUAACAGUGUCAAAACCAACAAAACCUACCACACAAGGCAAAACAUUCCAUUACACCAUAGCCUACUUGUCAACAGUUAUAUAACAUUUUCUGAAAUUGACCAUAUGAAAUGAUCAUUAUAAUUGCACACACAUUGAUGUCAGACAUGCACCUACUCCAAUGCUCUGCUGCUGAGGACUGGGAUGAAUGCAGAAGCAGAUUUCAGUAGCAGGACAAGACACCCUCUUCUGGACUGAUGAUUGAUAUAAGGACAUGUACGUGAUAGGCCUAUCUGGCUUAUAUGAUUAUGAUGGUCAUAAUGCUUCUUUACAGUGUCAUAAAGUGUAUUUUCUUAGUCCAAGUAAAGUGACACAGGAUGGUCACAAUGCUUUAUGACGGUGUCAUAAAGUGUAUUUUCUACAAGUUGAUGGAAAAAAAACAUGUAAAGAAUUAUAUAAAAAUCCUAGAAAUUUACCACAUUUCUGGUAGUUUACUUGUAAACUUGGAACGUUUUCAGUAAUAUACCCUCCCUUUCCAACCCUUGUUGGAACUGUACAUAAUCUAAGUGAGUUCAAAAUGGACUUUUCUUGUCUAGGUGUCCAUGAACAACUACCUGGCCUUGAAGGAGUUCUUCAAAGCCUUCCCAGAGUACAGCAAGAAUGAGUUAUUCCUGACAGGUGAGAGCUACGGAGGCGUCUACAUUCCCACCCUUGCAGAGAGAGUGAUGGAGGACGCCAGCAUGAACCUGCAGGUGAGAAAGAGAUGACCUGCGACACAAAUUGCCCUAUGAGCCCUGGUCAAAAGUAGUCAACUUCAUAGGGAAUAGGGUGCCCCUCCCAAUACCAACCCUUCCCAGUGGGCCUGAAAGCAAAGAAAGUAAAAAAGAUAAAUGUGUAUAUACAGUACCAGUCAAUAGUUUGGACACACCUACUCAUUCAAGGGUUUUUCUUUAUUUUUACUAUUUUCUACAUUGUAGAAUAAUAGCGACGACAUCAAAACUAUGAAAUAACACACAUGGAAUCAUGUAGUAACCAAAGUAAGGGCUAUUUUACCAAGAAGGAGAGUGAUGGAGUGCUGCAUCAGAUGACCUGGCCUCCACAAUCCCCCGACCUCAACCCAACUGAGAUGGUUUGGGAUGAGUCGGACGGCAGAGUGAAGGAAAAGCAGCCAACAAGUGCUCAGUUUAUGUGGGAACUCCUUCAAGACUGUUGGAAAAGCAUUCCAGGUGAAGCUGGUUGAGAGAAUGCCAAGAGUGUGCAAAGCUGUCAUCAAGGCAAAGGGUGGCUAUUUUUGAAGAAUCUCAAAUAUACAAUAUAUUGAUUUGUUUAACACUUUUUUUGGUUACUACAUUAUUCAAUAUGUGUUAUUUCAUAGUUAUGAUGUCUUCACUAUUUUUCUACAAUGUAAAAAAUAGUAUAAAUAAAGGAACUCUUGAAUGAGUAGGUGUGUCCAAACUUUUGUGUGUUUGGGCUUUAUAGAUUGUUUAUUUGUGUGUUGGGCUUUAGGUGAGAUUAUUCUUUAGAGUCAAGUAUAUUUGUAAAGGCCUCGAUUUGUUUCUUGACUAGCACCAUUCAUUCUCGCUGACAAUGUUAUAACUUUCUAAUAGUAACUGUGUCCACUGGUGAAUUGGGGGAGAGUGAGGUGAUUGCCAUCUAAGAGCAAACAUAUUUUUUUGCGGCAGUGCUUCCUGCAAGCAGUGAUCGUCUCUGAUUUAUUGAGAGAUUCAAGGCGCUAUCAUCGUUAAUUAACAUAAUAUUCAAUGCUUUGCUUCUACUUACAUUUGUGCACUUCGAAAUGAAUUCUGUAACUUUGUCCCAGAAGCAUUUACUGCAGGGCACUCUCACAUCACAUGAAGGAAUGUGCCUACAUGAUUUAGGGGACACGGUGAACAGUAGUACACUUAAUAGGGUGCCAUUUGGGAUGCUUAUGUUGGACUUUUUUAUUCUCUUCAGUAACUUGCUCUCCCCCUCCAAAUCGGAAUGAAUUGAAUAAGCAAAAUCAAUAUGGGGGUUAACUACUUAGCCUAUUUGUAGGCUAUUGCAUAGCUUUAUGUUCAGGACUCCUCAUAAUCAGAAGAACAAAUAUGUUUGUAUUCAUUUUUCUCCCAGGGUAUUGCAAUUGGCAAUGGGAUGUCCAGUUAUGAGAUGAAUGACAACUCUCUCGUCUACUUUGCUUACUACCAUGGACUCCUUGGGACAAGGUACGGUUAUGGCGUUUUCCUCAAAUAUAAUGUAUUCGUCACAUAUACAGUUUACUGCAGGUAUCAAAGGUGCAGCGUAAUGCUUAUGUGCUAGCUCCCUCAACAAUGCAGUACAUUGGUAACAUCCUGUCUUCUGUGAGUUUUCAUGGCCUGGUCCCAGAUCCCUUUCUGCUCUUGUCAACUCCAUCGCUGUCAUUGUCAAGCCAAACAUGUUUGGCAUGACCAUGUGUGAGGAGGAGUUGGCAUCAUGGCACGAACAGACUAGUGCUAAGUCAGGCUAGAUGAUGACUGGUAACAUGGUUCUGUCUUUCUGUCAGGUUGUGGACUGACUUGCAGGCCUAUUGCUGCAAAGAUGAAAAUUGUGACUUCUACCACAAUCAGAACCCCAACUGUUCCCACAAUGUGAGUCCAUUUACUUGGAUGGAUUCUCCAUUGAGAGAUCUUGGGGAUUUAUUUACAGGAUGUUUGGGGCACAUUGAUUCUCGCAAUGGAAAUUAGUAAAUACCUUAAUGGAGAGAAAGUGGUCACUCAAUAAAUUGACAUCACAUUUAGAAAUGUAAAUCUUCAGAAGGCGAGGGAUAUUCAAUAGUUGCAAUGACUGUAGAUCAUGUGUACGUUCUCUUGUCUAUAUUCUGUCUGUAUAUUCUGUUUGUCAGCACCAUUUCACCCGGUCAAAUGCCUGUUAAAUGAACUUGGCGAAUAAAGGUGAUUCUGAUGACCAGUGGUAAAUCUGACAAAUUGUAACAUUUUUAAAAUCUUUCCCCAAUGUAUUCCUCUACAGUACUUUCAGAAAAUAUUCACACCCCUUGACUUUUUCCAUAUUUUGUUGUGUUACAGCCUGAAUUUAAAAAAGGAUUCAACCCCUUUUGUUAUGGCAAGCCUAAAUAAGUUCAGGCGUAAAAAUGUGCUUAAUAAGUUGCAUGGACUCACUCUGUGUGCAAUAAUAUUGUUUAACAUGAUUUUUGAAUGACUAGGGGGCAGGGGGGGGGAUCUAUUUAAUUCAUUUUGAAUUCAGGCUGUAAUACAACAAAAUGUGGAAUAGUUGAAGGGAUAUGAAUACUUUCUGAAGGCACUGUACCUUUGUUUUUUUGUUUUCUUUUACCCCUAGAUUGCUGAGGUGCAAUAUAUUGUCUACAGCUCUGGACUGAACAUGUACAACCUCUAUGCCGCCUGUCCUGGAGGGGUUGGCCAGAGAGUCAGGUAAGACCAUUAGCCGACACCAAUGGCGACAGCUAGUCUUACUGGGGUCCGACACAUAACGAAAAAUACAUUGCAGACAAAAUACUUCAUAAUUUACAUACACUACUGUUCAAAAGUUUGGGGUCACUUCGAAAUUUACUGUGAAGAGGCGACUCCGGGAUGCUGACCUUCUAGGCAGAGUUGCAAAGAAAAAGCCAUAUCUCAGACUGGCCAAUAAAAAGAAAAGAUGAAGGGGCAGUCUGAGAUAUGGCUUUUUCUUUGCAACUCUGCCUAGAAGGUCAGCAUCCCAAAGUCGCCUCUUCACUGUUGACGUUGAGACUGGUGUUUUGUAGGGACUAUUUAAUGAAGCUUCCAGUUGAGGACCUGUGAGGUGCCUGUUUCUCAAACUAGAUACUCGAAUGUAUUUGUCCUCUUGCUCAGUUGUGAACCGGCGCCUCCCACUCCUCUUUCUAUUCUGAAUAGAGCCAGUUUGCGCUGUUCUGUGAAGGGAGUAGUACACAACGUUGUACGAGAUCUUCAGUUUCUUGACAAUUUCUCGCAUGGAAUAGCCUUCAUUUCUCAGAACAAGAAUAGACUGACAAGUUUCAGAAGAAAGUUGUUUGUUUCUGGCCAUUUUGAUCCUGUAAUCGAACCCACAAUUGCUGAUGCUCCAGAUACUCAACGAGUCUCAAGAAGGCAACUUUUAUUGCUUCUUUAAUCAGCACAACAGUUUUCAGCUGUGCAAACAUAAUUGUAAAAGGGUUUUCUAAUGAUCAAUUAGUCUUUUAAAAUUAUAAACUUGGAUUAGCCAACACAACGUGCCAUUGGAACACAGGACUGAUGGUUGCUGAUAAUGGGCCUCUGUACACCUAUGUAGAUAUUCCAUUAAAAAUCAGCCGUUUCCAGCUACAAUAGCCAUUUACAACAUUAACAAUGCACUGUAUUUCUGAUCAAUUUGAUGUUAUUUUAAUGGACAAAAAAAAUGCUUUUUCUUUUGAAAAGCAGGACAUGUGUAAGUGAGCCCAAACUUUUGAACGGUAAUGUAUUUUAAAAAAACAUGAACUGUGUGUGUGUGUGUCAGUUACACAAACAUGUCAAUACAGUGCAUUCGGAAAGUAUUCAGACCCCUUGACUUUUUCCACAUUCUAAAAUUGAUUAAAUCGUUUUUUUUGCUCAUCAAUCUACACACAAUACCCCAUAAUGAUAAAACAAAAACAGGUUUUUAUACAUUUUUACAAAUGUAUAAAAAUUAAACUAAAAUAUGACAUUUACAUAAGUAUUCAGACCCUUUACUCAGUACUUUGUUGAAGCACCUUUGGCAGCGAUUACAGCCGCUUCUUUGGUAUGACGCUACAAGCUUGGCACACCUGUAUUUGGGGAGUUUCUCCCAUUCUUCUCUGCAGAUCCUCUCAAGCUCUGUCAGGUUAGAUGGGGAGCGUAGCUGCACAGCUAUUUUCAGGUCUCUCCAGAGAUGUUCGAUUGGGUACAAGUCUGGGCUCUAGCUGGGCCACUCAAGGACAUUCAGAGACUUGUCCCGAAGCCACUCCUACGUUGUCUUGGCCGUGUGCUUAGGGUCGAGGUCCUGAGCCCUCUGGAGCAGGUUUUCAUCAAAGAUCUCUCUGUACUUUGCACCGUUCAUCUUUCCCUCGAUCCUGACUAGUCUACCAGUCCCUGCUGCUGAAAAACAUCCCCACAGCAUGAUGGUGCCACCACCAUGCAUCACCGUAGGCAUGGUGCCAGGUUUCCUCCAGACGUGACGCUUGGCAUUCAGGCAAAAUAGUUCAAUCUUGGUUUCAUCAGACCAAAGAAUCUUGUUUCUCAUGGUCUGAAUGUCCUUUAGGUGCCUUUUGGCAAACUCCAAGUGGGUUGUCAUGUGCCUUUUACUGGGGAGUGCCUUCCGUCUGGGCCCUCUACCAUAAAGGCCUGAUUGGUGGAGUGCUGCAGAGAUGGUUGUCCUUCUGGAAGAUUCUCCCAUCUCCACAGAGGAACUCUGGAGCUCUGUCAGAGUGACUAUCGGGUUCUUGGUCACCUCCCUGACCAAUGCCCUUCUCCCCCGAUUGCUCAGUUUGGCCAGGCGGACAGCUCUAGGAAGAGUCUUGGUGGUUCCGUACUUCUUCCAUUUUAAGGAUGAUGGGGGCUACUGUGUUCUUGGGGACCUUCAAUGCCGCAGACAUUUUUUGGUACCCUUCCCCAGAUCUGUGCCUCGACACAAUCCUGUCUCCGAGCUCUACGGACAAUUCCUUCGACCUCAUGGCUUGGUUUUUGCUCAGACAUGCACUGUCAACUGUGGGACCUUUAUAUAGACAGGUGUGUGCCUUUCCAAAUCAUGUCCAAUCAAUUGAAUUUACCACAGGUGGACUCAUCUCAAGGAUGAUCAAUGGAAACAGGAUGCACCUGAGCUCAAUUGCGAGUCUCAUAGCAAAGGUUCUGAAUACUUAUGUAAAUAAGGUAUUUCUGUUUAUUUUUAAUACAUUUGCAAAAUAAUUAUAAAAAACUGUUUUCACUUUGUCAUUAUGGGGUAUUGUGUGUAGAUUGAGGACAUUAUUUUUUCAUUUAAUCCAUUUUAGAAUAUGGCUGUAAUGUAACAAAGUGGAAAAAGUCAAGGGGUCUGAAUACUUUCCGAAUGCACUGUAAAUACACACAAAAAGUAGUUUUGAAAAUGCACCAACAGAGUUAACGCCAAAGUUGGGUCAAUAGAAUUUCUAUUCAGUAAGCAAACUGAAGUUCCACUGAGAUUUUUUUUUAUUGGAAUUUCAGUUUACUUCCUACAUUGACUAAAUAUAAAUCGAAUUGACCCCCUACCUUAGUUAACGCACAAGAGCCAUGGUAAUCUAACCGACCAAUAUCUCAGACCUGCACAGGUAAAGCCAGUAGGUGUCUCUCCAGAUUUGUAAAUGUCCUCUUGCUCUGUGUUUUCACUGUAGCAUUGACAAUGGGCACGUGGUGAUUCGAGAUCUGGGGAACAGUUUCAUCAACCAUGAAUGGACUCGGCUGUGGAACCAGGUAAAUAUGAAUGACAUUGCCUUUUUUUAUUGUUAAGUGAUGCAUUCGGCUGAGGACAUAUGUGUCAAUUGUGACUUUUACAUAUUUUUUAUGUAUCUUUGAAUGUUCACCUUCUGGCUGAUUGUUAUAAUAAUUUAUUAGCUGUACAUGAUGGUCAUUUCUAGUUUUGGUUAUUCGAUCAGUCCAUUUAGUUAGAAUUUCUGUGUUGGAAAUCUCAUCAGUAAGGCUGGGUAUAUACAGUGCAUUCGGAAAGUAUUCAGACCCCUUGCCUUUUCCACAUUUUGUUACGUUACAGCCGUAUUCGGUAAUUGAUUAAAUAGUUUUUUCCCCUCAUCAAUCUACACACAAUACCACAUAAUGACAAAGCAAAAACAGGAUUUUAUAAAUUUUUGCUAAUUUAUAAAAAAUAAAAACUGAAAUAUCACAUUUACAUAAGUAUUCAGACCCUUUACUCAGUACUUUGUUGAAGCACCUUUGGCAGCGAUUACAGCCUCAAGUCUUCUUUAGUAUGACGCUACAAGCUUGGCACACCUGUAUUUGGGGAGUUUCUCCCAUUCUUCUCUGCAGAUCCUCUCAAGCUCUGUCAGGUUAGAUGGGGAGCGUUGCUGCACAGCUAUUUUCAGGUCUCUCCAGAGAUGUUCGAUUGGGUUCAAGUCUGGGCUCUGGCUGGGCCACUCAAGGACAUUCAGAGACUUGUCCCGAAGCCACUCCUGCGUUGUCUUGGCUGUGUGCUUAGGGUCGUUUUCCUGUUGGAAGGUGAACCUUUGCCUUCAAUGCUGCAGAAAUAUUUUGGUACCCUUCCCCAGAUCUGUGCCUCGACACAAACCUGUCUCAGAGCUCUAUGGACAAUUCCUUCGACCUCAUGGUUUUUGCUCUGAAAUGCGCUGUCAACUGUGGGACCUUAUAUAGACAGGUGUGUGCCUUUCCAAAUCAUGUCUAAUCAAUUGAAUUGACCUUAGUUGGACUCCAAUCAAGGUGUAGAAACAUCUCAAUGUUGAUGAUCAAUGGAAACAAGAUGCACUUGAGCUCAAUUUCGAGUCUCAUAACAAAGGGUAUGAAUACUUAUGUAAAUAAGGUAUUUCAGGUUUUUAUUUUUAAAUGUGCAACAUUUUCUAAACUUCGCUUUGUCAUUAUGGGGUAUUGUGUGUAGCUUGAGGAUUUAGUAUUUAAUUUUUUACGUCCAUUUUAGAAUAAGUCUAUAACGUAACGAAAUGUGGAAAAAGUCAAGGGGUCUGAAUACUUCCCGACGGCACUGUACUUCACCAAGCGGUCUCUGUAGCGAAACGUUACCAGAGCAUGCAUAGACUUUCAACCUACGGCAUGCACCAAAAUGUCUGCGAGGAGCCCUCUGUACGGUGCAUGGUAAGUCACAAUAUGCUUACAGAGUAUGAGUGGGGUCAAUACGAAUUGAAGUCAGUCAAUCACGAAGUAAACUGAAAUUCCAAUUCAAUAAUUGAAAAGGGGCAUACAUUUUCAAUGACUUUAAUAACUAAAAUGGAGAAACUAUUUAUAUAAAAUGUUUAAUUUUAAAUCACUUCCUAAAUUGACUGACUUCAAUUUGAAUUGACCUCAACCCUGGUCUAGUGGAGCAUAAAUCCAGCCUUAGUUGUGUACCUCUCUGUUGGUCUUGUAGAAGCUGAAGGCCAUGGCGUCUCAGUACAAGCGAGUGAGGCUGGACCCUCCCUGCACCAACUCCACUCCGUCCACCCUGUACCUGAACAACCCCUAUGUCAAAGCAGCCCUCCACAUCUCCCCCUCCGCUCUUCCCUGGGUGAUAUGCAGGUGAGUGAGGUAUUACAUUUUUAGCUACAAGGAUGAGGCAGAGAGACGUGAGUCAAGUUAACAUUUUUAGUGGGUAGAUUAUAUGGCCAAGAUACGGGUCAUACAGCUGGGUCUUGACAUUGACCAAUAUGGAUUACCCCUUUACGGGACAGGAGGUGUUUGUACAACGUCAUGGGUAACAUUGUGUAUAAUUGACACCAUUUUGUCAUCUUGCUGUUUGUGAGGUACAGACAGGACUUAUUUCCCCCAUCACUGUAUCAAAGUAAAUAACUCAGUCUUUUACAACCUGUAGGUGUAUACAUAUCUUGAACUAUCUUGACCACAGUUUAAUUGUGUUAAUCCAUGCUGUUACAGUGCUGAGGUGAAUCUGAACUACAACCGUCUGUACAUGGACGUGAGGAAGCAGUACCUGAAGCUUUUGGGAGCUCUGGUGAGUUUUUUUAAUAGACCUGAUUUCAAAGACAUUUUCUUCCAAAUUCUGUGCUUGACUCGGCUUGCCUGGCAAAAUAAAUCAAUAGUAUAGUCCCAAAAGUGCAAACCCUGCCCAUCUGGCACUCCAGGCAGGCUCAAUCAAACGCUCAACGUAUUUGAAAGAAAACAUAAUAUUUGAUCCCAGGUCUGAACGUGAUUGAUGAUUAGUGGUCUUGGCAGUAGUGCUAGAAAUGUCUGUCAGUCUCUCCUGUAGAAGUACAGAGUGCUGGUGUACAACGGAGACGUGGACAUGGCCUGCAACUUCCUUGGGGACGAGUGGUUCGUGGAGUCACUCCAGCAAGAGGUACAUGAACUGUUUUUACCUUUUGCACAAGACCCUACGUGACAAAGGACAGAAAAAGAGAACACUGAACAGAACUAAACAGAAAUGAGGCUGCUGGUGUCAUGUCUGGUUCUAUGCACUCCGUAGAGAAGUUUCCCUUGGGUACAGAUCUAGGAUCUGAUUCCCCUCCCACAAUCCUAACCUUAACCAUUAUUGGGGAAAAUGCUUCACCCCACACCAUUCUAUGCUGUGGCUUGAGCCCUGGCUGUGUCUGUCCGUCCCCAGGUCCAGGUGAAGAGGAGGCCAUGGACCUACUACACCGGCGAGAGUCAGCAGGUGGGCGGCUUCGUCAAGGAGUUCUCCAACCUGGCCUUCCUCACCGUCAAGGUAAGGACGCAUUUCAAACCAUCGAAAUAGAAUUGGAAUCUGUAUUCCAUUAUUAGAAUUACCUGUUAAUCUGUGGAUAUACAGAUUUAUGGCUGCAAGGACUAUCUUUUGGAACAUAUAUUCCAUUAACACGCUGAACAAACACCCUAAACCCAUUAACAUGACAGAACAUGUAUGAAGAAAAAUAGAAAAUGGAGUUAAUUUCUAGUAUUGCAGAGCCAAGUACUGAAAUGUCUGGUCAGAAUAGAGAACCCCUUGCCCUCUCCACUAGCCCCUAGCAUAUCCAUCCUGUAAAUGGCUUGGCAGAUCUGAGGUGAAAAGCAAUAUUGGGGAAGCUCCCCUAAACCCCACUAGGUGGAGCCAUUGUAACAGACUUUGUUUUACAUGCACACGACAAGACUUUGGAUAAGCUCACUGAGCUAAUUGGGGGGCUAAUGCAAGUCUUCAGAUCUCAGGCAAGACGUCGGUUCACUGAACAAUUGCUUCCACCCAUCCCGUCCCUAGACAUUAGACCACAAAGGAAUAGGGGAUUGUAGGGGGAGAUUAUUGCUAGAUGUUGUCUCAGACCAGACACUAUGUUUUGCUGCCAGAUAUACAGUGAGCUCAAAAAGUAUUGGGAUGGUGACAAUUUUUUGCUGUUGUUUUGGCUCUGUACUCCAGCUCUUUGGAUUUGAAAUGAUACAAUGACAAUGAGAUUAAAAUGCAGACUGUCAGCUUUAAUAUGAGGGUCUUUUCAUCCAUAUCGGGUGAACCGUUUUAGAAAUUACAUCACUUUUUGUACAUAGUCCACCCAUUUUAGGGGACCAAAAGUAUUGGGACAAAUUCACUUGUGUAUUAAAGUAGUCAAAAGUGUUGUAUUUGGUCCCAUAUUUCUAGCACGCAAUGAUUACGCAUAAUCCUGAAUGAAUCCUAAAUAAUGAUGAGAGACAAAGUUAGACGCAUAAAUAUCAUACCCCCAAAAAUGCUAACCUCCCCUGUUAUUGGAAUGGUGAGAGAUUAGCAUGUCUUGGGUUAUGAUAUUUGUGCAUCUAACUUUCUCACUCAUCAUUAUUCAUGAUUCAUUCAGGACUAUCCGUAAGUGUGUAGAGUCACAAGCUUGAUAUAAUCAUUGCGUGCUAGGAAUAUGGGAUCAAAUACAAAACUUUUGACUACUUUAAUACUCAUAUAAGUGAAUUUGUCCCAAUACUUUUGGUCCCCUAAAAUGGGGGGACUAUGUACAAGAAGUGCUGUAAUUUCUAAACGGUUCACUCGAUAUGAUUGAAGAUGCCGUCAAAUUAAAGCUGAAUAUCUGCACUUUAAUAAACCUAGAGUCUAUUGAUACACCAGUGCAUCAAUCUAAGUAACAUAACAAAAAAAUCCCCAUAAAAAUCCAUCAGUUUAAGCUAGAGAUAUAUUGUUUUGCAUGGGCUGCGUCUCAAUCCACAACAUCCGGCUAUGGCGGCCUUCCGCAUUUGCGGUGGAAGGUGGCCGAGCUACAGCGGUGUUUGUCAGACCAUGAGACAUCCCGAAAAUCGGUCUUCUCAAGAAAACGUCUGCAGCGUCGAACUGUUUGGCCAGCAAACUAAUAUGACCCCUCUAUGGAAAGAUGAGACUCUCGCAAACACUAUGGGGUUUGCUCCAUGACCUCCACAAGUGUCACAGGACUCGUUUGAAGGUAACGGUACUGGUUAAAAUUUGUUUUAACUGGAAGUCGUUUUGUGCCUACCCAGAAAAGGGGUUAAAUAUGUGUAAAAUAUACUUAUUUCCCUCAUUUAAAUGCAAAUCAAUUUAUAACAUUUUUGACAAGCGUUUUUCUUGAUUUUUUUGUUGUUAUUCUGUCUCUCACUGUUCAAGUAAACCUACCAUUAAAAUUAUAGACUGAUCAUGUCUUUGUCAGUGGGCAAACGUACAAAAUCAGCAGGGGAUCAAAUACUUUUUUCCCUCACUGUAUAUAUAUAUAUAUAUGUACACACACACACCAAAAGGGCUAAAAAAAAUUCUAAAUCAAAUAGCUAAAUUAUCCAUAGUAUGACCAUCUUAAAACAAUGAUGUAUGUCAGCUUGGAAACCCCCCCCCCCCCCCAAAAAAAAAAACAAGAACACCUUUGUCACAGUCCCAAUACCUUUGGAGCUCACUGUACAUUGUAGCAGUAGCCUACAUCCCAAUCACUGCAGUAAAAAGCUCCCAACAUUCCUCUCUUGGGAAGCAGGUACUGUGAUUAGAACACACCCAUUUUCUUAACAUGUAAUCUGUGGCUUGAUGCUAAACAUCUAGAUUAGUAGCACAUUCCUAUCCGAAAAAGAAAAGUAAAUGCUUUAAACCAGGGUUGUGUUCAUUAGACACCAAAAAAUGAAAACGGACUGAAAUGGGGAGGGACUUCUUUGACUUGUUCAAUAAGUAAAAAAACAAAACAAAAAAAUCUGUAGCAAAUUUAUUUUUUCAUAUUUUUCCUUUGCCUUCCCUAGUGAACAUGACUCAGUUCACCGGCAGAUCGCUAGUCAUCUUCUACUUUUGUUUAUCAACAGGGUUCAGGCCACAUGGUCCCCACAGACAAGCCCGUCGCUGCCUUCACCAUGUUCACUCGCUUCAUCAAGAAACAGCCCUACUGAUCUGGGGCCUGUGAAAAAAGCCUACAGGAAUGGCCCACUCUCUCUCUCUCCACUGUUUAUCUCAUUUGAUUUGCACUAGCUCAUGGUGAAAAGCACUGGUUCGUAUCCAAAGACCACUGACAUAUCCUCCAAGCAUUUCGUUAGCCUGAUCCCAGAUCUGUUUAUGCCAUUUUGUCAACCAUAGCCUACUCCUAUCUAUACAGCACCAACUGAUCUGGGACCAGGUUUAGUGUUUUGUUGUCCUAGCCUAUGAGUUUUGUAUUGGCGUCUGCUUUGGGUGUUUGAUCAUGCUGUGAUAAGAUGCUGCUGUACCCUGCCAAAUGAAUUUGAGGUAUAAAGGCCAUUGUGUGAUUAGCAAUACGAUCAAGAUUUGUCAUUCACCAUCGCAUUGAUUUCAUCUGUUUGCACUUGUUAAUAAUAAUAAUAAUAAUAAUAUGCCAUUUAGCAGACGCUUUUAUCCAAAGCGACUUACAGUCAUGCGUGCAUAAAUUUUUGUGUAUGGGUGGUCCCGGGGAUCGAACCCACUACCUUGGCGUUACAAGCGCCGUGCUCUACCAGCUGAGCUACAGAGGACCGAUCAUGUCUUUGUCAGUGGGCAAACGUACAAAAUCAGCAGGGGAUCAAAUACUUUUUUCCCUCACUGUAUAUAUAUAUAUAUAUAUAUAUAUAUAUAUAUAUAUAUAUAUAUGUACACACACACACCAAAAGGGCUAAAAAACGUGUUGAUUGUAUGUAUUCAGCAUUCGAUGGUACACAAGGCAAUGGUGUGGUUCAUCCACUAUGGGAUGAAUCCUAACUUGCUCUUAAGUCAAAUUUUCCAUGAGUCUCCCACUGACAUCAAUGCAUAACUACGUGGAAAUUCAACUUAAGUGUAAGUUAGAAUUUGCCCCUAAGUAAUUGCCUUAAAUCGCAGUCUAUGUAGUCAAGGGGAUCUGUUCACUGUCAGGAAUUGUCUUUUGAAAAGGAACAAACGCCUCUAGAUGUACAGUAAUUCAACGAUAUAAUAGUAGAUAUAUCGAUGUGCCUCAUCACAGAAAUGAAUACUUGGAAUCACUUUGAUAAAAAGGGAACUUGUCUUUGCUUCAGCUGUAUUCACAUUGAUUCUGUCAUGAUUUUAUAAUAAAACGGUUCUUUACCAAUAA